AUGAGUUGCUGGACCUGGGGGAUCAGGACCAAUGCAGCAGAGGGCACCAAGGGUGAACUGGAAUUACGUGGUUUACAAAGAGUGUUCUACAUCCUACUUUGCCUCUCUGACGUGGCGCUCCUUUUCAGAGAGCACUCGGACGCCCCCUCCCGCGGGAGUCCGAGCGGAGACUACCUAGUUGGACAGGUCGCCGGGAGCUUAUUCCACAGGAAGACCCUGCCCAGAGCCGUCGCGGGAGGACUUGCGUCCCUUUUCAGCUCUUUGGAAUCUCCUGUUCAACCUGUGUACGUGCCUGCGCCUCAAGAAACAACCAAAAAAAGGAGACAGGAUGAAGGGGAAGAAAUUACAUCUCAGAUUCAAAGACCACAUUUGCAAGAACCUGCAAAAAAAAUUAAAGUGAAGAAGAAAUUUUCUGAUGCAGACAAAAAGUUGGCAUACAGGGAAAGUGCUCUAACAUUUGCUGAUCUGGAAGAAGAAAUUCACCAGAAACAGGGGAAGAAAAGGAAAAGCUCUCAAUCGUGUAAUGAUGUUAAAGCAGCAGAUAGAAAAGUACUUGAUGGUAUAGAUCACUCAGCUGUAAAUCAAAGAAAGAAAAUACAACUCAGCCAAGAAGAAGAGAGAUUAAAAAAUGAGAGAACUGUGUUUGUUGGUAAUUUGCCUGUCACAUGUAAUAAGAAGAAGCUGAAGUCUUUUUUUAAAGAAUAUGGACAAAUCGAAUCUGUACGAUUCCGUUCUCUGAUUCCAGCAGAUGGGACUUUAUCCAAAAAAUUGGCAGCCAUAAAACGUAAAAUUCAUCCCGAUCAGAAAACUAUUAAUGCUUACGUUGUGUUUAAGGAUGACAGUGCUGCUAUAAAAGCAUUAAAAAGAAAUGGGACCCAGAUUGCAGAUGGGUUUCGUAUUAGAGUUGAUCUUGCAUCUCAGACAGCAUCUAGGGACAAGAGAUCAGUAUUUGUGGGAAAUCUCCCUUACAAAAUUGAAGAAUCUGCUGUGGAAGAACACUUUUUGGAUUGUGGAAAUAUUGUAGCUGUGAGAAUUUUGAAAGACCAAGUUACUGGAGUCGGCAAAGGUUUUGGCUAUGUGCUGUUUGAGAAUACUGAUGCUGUUCAUCUUGCUCUGAAAUUAAAUAAUUCUGAACUAAUGGGAAGAAAGCUUAGAGUCAUGCGUUCUGCCAAUAAAGAAAAACUAAAGCAACAAAAUUCAACUCCACGCUUGAAGAACAUCAGUAAACCUCAGCAGGGACUUCAUUUUACUUCAAAACAUGUACAAGGACAUUCUAAAGGUUUAUUUGUUGGAGAAAAGGCAGGUCUCACUACAAAGAAAAAGAAAGGACAGAAGAGAAGUGGACAACCUAAGAGACAUAAAAAGAAAUAGCGAUUUAAAGGGAUUAAGUGUAGUGACCCAUGUGUUCCAUUUCAGAACUUUUACGGAUGGCAUAUGGGAAACUUGGAAACUCUAGUCUUAUUUCAUUCAAAUUGUAAUAUGGCUUUUGAAGCAUAGCUUUAAGAUGUGGGUUGACAUCACAUCACUCACCACUCACUCUCCACUCACACACUCAGUCACUCACUCACUCACUCAUAUCACAUCACUCACAUCAAUCACUCACUCACUCCACUCACUCAUUCACCUCUCACUCAGCACCCACGUUCCUCUCUCAUCACUCACUCACCUCACUCAUAGCACUCACUCACAUCACAUCACUCAGUAAAAAAAAAAAAAAAAAGAUGUGGGUAAUGUGUAACUGCUGAUGGUGAAAAAGAUGAUUUCAGACUUAGUGUGAACAUUUAGAAUUUGCUUGAAAUACGUAAUUAGCACUUUAGCUAUUUCAAGAAUAUGUUCUAUGUGGUGGAAUUUUAAAAUAAAUGAAAAUUAAAACAAUA